AUAGAGGAUGGUCAAUUAGGCCAUUUCUACUUAAUACAAGAUAUUAAAAUAAAAGUAUAAUAAUAAUGCGACUAAUAUUCGUCCUUGCAGCAGUUGUAGCUGGGGCUUUGUCUCUACCAGCGAACCUGACUGAAUUGCCCGAGCCCAGUGAACUCGCUUUUAUUCUCAAUGAAGAUGAUUUUGAGGACUACUUAGAUUCAUGGCUGGAAAUUCAACAACGCAAUAAUGGCAACGAAACCCAGUUCGAUGCUCGUAGUGGAUGCAGUUUCCGUGUUCGAGGUGACCUCGGCCAGCCACAGCCAGUUUACAUACAUCGUAACAACUACAUGAGGCCGCACGGCAACUCCGGUCAGAUACGCCUCAACACGGGCGAGGAAGUCAUCAUUGCCUGCACGGGAUCUGGACGUACCAUUCGACACCCGAACAUUGCCAGAAACGUUAACGUUGGUACUGCCCGAUGUGUCAACAACAAUCUAGUUUCUGGAUCUGGUUGGUUGAAUGGUAAUGGUGCUUUUGGACAGUUGACUUGCUCUAGUCACUCUCAUCACGAGGCACAAGGAACGAAUCAACGCUGCUUUAACAAUAAUUUGGUCAUCAGGGUUGGAUUUAUCGUAAACAAUGUCUUCUACCCUCUUUACUGGUCUUGUUUUGAUCAGAAGCGCUUGGAAGUGCUGUACGUGUGGUACGAUCAAACAGCCUCAAAUGCUAUCCACCAAACCGGAGUGGAUAGGCCUAGUUGGAUGGCUGGCAGCUUCUUCCCCGGUGUGGAUGUUAACAACCGAUACACACAAGUUCAACAGAAACUUGCUAUUGCUCGCGUUGUUGGCAAUGCUCUGGCCGAUAGAUACGUGACUAGCCAACAGUUCUUGGCCCGUGGCCACCUCGCCGCCAAGAGCGACUUCGUGUACGCCACCGGCCAGCGCGCUACCUUCUACUUCAUCAACGCUGCUCCUCAGUGGCAACCAUUCAACGCUGGCAACUGGAACAAUCUCGAACAGGAUCUUCGUGCUCGCAUCGGAGCCGCUGGUUACAACACAGUCAUCUACUCGGGCACAUUUGGAGUGACGCAAUUGCGCAACGCUAACAACCGUUUCGUCGACAUCUACCUUCACAAUAACAACCAGAUUCCAGUUCCCCAGUACUUCUACAAGGUGGCAUACGAUUCAUCGCGACGUCUGGGUACUGCUUUCAUAAGCAUCAACAACCCUCACUACACUCUGGCCGAGGCUCGCAACCUGCAAUUCUGUACCGAUCGCUGCCGCAACAACAACGCUUUUAGAUGGCUCAGGUGGCGGCCGGAUCGCGUUGAUCUUGGCUACAGUUUCUGCUGCACCAUCGCUGACUUCAGAAGACGUAUUGGACAUCUUCCGUCAUUCACUGUAAACGGACUCUUGACAUAGACAAAAGGUUCUUAAUUAGGACAGUAAAUAAAAAGAAUUGCAAUGGAA